AUCGCAAAGCAAGGAUGUGGACUGUCCCUUCCUGUUUUAGUGCCGAGAGAGCCACCGUACCGACUCACACCGGAGCUGGAGCACAGACACCCCACAACGCGAUUAUGUCGGGAUUUUCGCCCUGUUUGUCCAACACACGGAGCCAUAUUUUCCACCGUGGAGUGUGCAGGUUUCUGUAUUACUAGUGAACGCUGUUAUGUUAUUCCACGGGUAGCUGGUAACACAGCAGGCCUGUCUAUUGCGCUGCCAACCCUUGUUCCUUUUCCUGUGUCAAUGAUUGUCCUCCCCUCACUCGCUCAUGGCGGAGACUAAAAUCAUAUAUCACAUAGACGAGGAGGAGACGCCGUAUCUGGUCAAACUCUGCGUCCCCCCGGAGAAAGUCACCUUAGCGGAUUUUAAAAAUGUCCUCAACAAUCGGCCGGUCAACAGCUACAAAUUCUUCUUCAAAUCUAUGGACCAAGAUUUUGGGGUCGUCAAGGAAGAGAUUUCCGAUGACAACGCCAAGCUGCCGUGCUUCAACGGGAGAGUAGUGUCCUGGUUGGUCCUGGCAGAGAGCGCGCACUCUGAUGGAGGAUCUCAGUGCACAGAGAGCCACCCAGAGCUGCCCCCUCCCCUCGAGAGAACAGGGGGCAUCGGAGACUCCCGCCCCCCCUCUUUCCACGCCAAUGCGGUGAGCAGCAGAGAUGGCCUGGACACCGAGACGGGGACCGAGUCUCUCCUGAGCCACCGCCGCGAGCGAGAGAGGGAGCGCGCACGCAGGAGAGCCAGAGAAACUGAGCUCCCUCGCAUCAACGGUCACUCCAAAUCAGAGCGCACUGCCAGAGACUCGGCCAUGGGUUACGACAGUGCCUCAGUAAUGAGCAGCGAGCUGGAGUCAAGCUCAUUUGUUGACAGUGAGGAAGAUGAAGAUGCAAGCAGGCUCAGUAGCUCCACAGAACAGAGUUCUUCCUCACAGCUCAUGCGCAGACACAAACGCCGCCGACGGAGGCACAAAGUGGCUAAAAUAGACCGGUCGUCAUCCUUCAGCAGUAUCACAGACUCCACCAUGAGCCUCAACAUCAUCACUGUCACACUCAACAUGGAAAAAUACAACUUUUUGGGGAUCAGUAUUGUCGGUCAGAGUAAUGACCGGGGAGAUGGUGGUAUUUACAUCGGCUCCAUCAUGAAAGGCGGAGCUGUGGCUGCUGAUGGAAGGAUAGAGCCUGGAGACAUGCUCCUCCAGGUGAAUGACGUCAACUUUGAGAACAUGAGCAAUGAUGACGCCGUGAGGAUCCUACGAGAGAUUGUUUCCAAAACGGGUCCUAUUAGUCUUACUGUUGCCAAAUGUUGGGACCCGUCUCCACGAAGCUACUUCACCAUCCCGCGCGCUGAGCCGGUGAGACCCAUUGACCCUGCAGCCUGGAUCUCCCACACAACCGCCCUGACAGGACCUUACCCUCACUACGGUAAAAACCACCAAACUCCACCUCCAUCACACGCUAUGAAACAUCCCUACUGUGGUAAAUAUGAUCACCUUAUGACAUUUAAACAAAUAGAACGUUGUGUUGGUCAGUGUUUUCUCACGCUCUCCUCUCUCCCCGCAGAGUUUGAUGACUUGCCUCUAUCUGCCAGUAAAACGGACAUGGCCACCAUCGUCAAGGUGAUGCAGCUGCCAGAUUCUGGCCUGGAGAUCCGAGACAGGAUGUGGUUAAAGAUCACCAUCUCUAACGCGGUCAUUGGUGCUGACGUGGUGGACUGGCUCUACUCCCGAGUAGAAGGAUUCAAAGACCGCCGGGAUGCGAGGAAGUAUGCGAGCAGUCUCCUGAAACACGGUUACCUGAGACACACCGUCAACAAGAUCACUUUCUCCGAGCAGUGCUACUACACGUUCGGGGACCUCUGCCAAAACAUGGCAUCACUCAAUUUAAAUGAGGGGUCCAGCGGCGGAGGUUCUGAGCAGGACACUCUGGCUCCACUUCCUCCAACCACCAACCCCUGGCCCCUGGGCGGGCAGCCAUUCCCCUACCCUCCCUUUCCCUCGGCUCCCCCCAGUUUCCCUCCAGGAUACUCAGACCCAUGCCACAGUUUCCACAGUGGGAGCGCAGGCAGCCAGCACAGCGAGGGAAGCCGGAGCAGCGGAUCCAACCCCAGCGCAGGCAAAGGCAAACGCUCCUCUCCGCAGGACAAAGGUCAAAGAACAUGCAGCGAAUCAGAGCCCCGCGUCCGCGGAGGAGGGAGGCGCGCCGACAGGUCCGCCAGCCAAAUGAGCCACCACAGUCACGCCGUCUCCAGUCACAGUCACGCCGUCUCCAGUCACAGUCACACCCGCUCCAAUCUCAGCCACAGUCAGUCACACAGGAGUCACCCUCACUCACAGAACAGCCACCCCUCCUUCACCUACAGCCACGCCCCCUUCACCCAGCCGGGGCCAGGCUCGUGCGCCCACAGCGAGCGGAGCCAUGCCUCCUCCUACGGCCCCCCGGGCUUGCCUCCCCCUUACUGUCUGGCCCGUCUGGCCCCAAAGACCUCGGUCAGCAGCAGCACGCCCCCUGGAGCCCCUCCCGGGAGAGAGUUGGCCGCCGUUCCUCCUGAGCUCACCGCCAGUCGUCAGUCCUUCCAGCACGCUAUGGGCAAUCCCUGUGAGUUUUUUGUUGACAUCAUGUGACAGGACAGUGCCUUUUAAACUCAUCGAGCACAAAACAACUAAAACAUCUCCUUUUUUCUCAUCUCUGUCCUUUGCCUCCAAAAUGAGAAUGUAGACCAUGACUGGCCCUCUCCCUUUUCCCUUGUUCUCUCUCUCUCUCGCUCUCUCUCUCUCUCUCUCUUUCUCUUUCUUUCUCUCUCUCUCUCUCUCUCUCUCUCUCUCUCUCUCUCUCUCUCUCUCCCUUUCUCUCCUUCAGAUGUCUAGAAAAGAAAAAACAGGCAGCAAAAGCACAACAUGAUGGGUCAUCUCACAUACAUGCAGGGGUCCUCUGUGGCCGUCCCCUCUUUUGUAUUGACGUGACGUGUACAGUUUGUAAAACGUGAGUGGUAUUCGGUGUGGUGAUUUUCUAAAGCUGCCGCGCAGACAUUUCUCUGGAGACUGCACUCUGUCUCGGACAUUUUCUCUUCUGCAACACCUUUAAGCUGACUGGGCCUGGAUCUCAAUCCCCCAGACCCAGACCGACUACUACAGCCCGCACUUAGGAACAUUUCUCUGGGUCUUGAACUUGGAAUUGAUCUCCAGAUGUGUGUGUGCUAUUAAAAGUGUGCGCGUGACGCCAAACCUCUUGCCCCAUCAAGGCUUAUUGAAGCUCUUACCUGCCAACUGCUAAAACGCUAACUUUGAUCCGUCCACAUUUUGUGGAUUUCUUUGACUUCAUGAGAGAGGCCCUGUAGGCAGCCAGUGGUUUAACUCGGCUGCAUAUUGCAUGACUGUCUCACCUGCUUUAAAGAAAAGAAAUGUAAUGAAUACAUUUUGUUUAAAGUAUUACCCUGAUUAGGGAAAGGGGCUUUCCCUCUUGCCAAUGUCCUAAAGGAAGAAUCCGUACACUGGAUGAUUUUUGUGCUGUUAUUUAUGUGAUCAUGUUACAUUGAUGGUGUCAUACUUUGUCUACGACGACUAACUGACAGACAAUCAGACAUCACCCUUUGUGAAUCAGUGGCCGAGUCUCCACUGUCCUAGCUGUGCUUUGUCGAAUGUAUCAUUAUUCCUGUCAGUGAUUGAACCCUGACAUUCAUUAACACUUUAAGUAAGAAAAGAAAACAGCUCACAAACAGGAUUGCAAACAGUGGUCAACCACCACAGCUGGUAAAAACAAAGGCUUGAUGUGACAUCAAACCAGUUUGCUAAAAGCAUCAUAGUUGUCUCCUUGCUUUGAUUUUAAAGUCAGUGUGAUAAAAACCAAAGCCUCACAUUGUGUGGUAAAUAUUUUGUAACAAUUGAGGAGCGUCUACAAAGUCAAUUUUUUGCAAUCUUACACUUCUCUUUAAAAUGAAUUCAAGGGGAAUCCCGGCCUUCAGAUAAAAAUCCUGCAGCAAACCCCUGUUACACAUACCAACAAUAUACUGUAGAUACAGGAGGGGAUUAACACACACACACACACACACACACACACACACACACACACACACACACACACACACACACACACACACACACACACACACACAGACAGACAGAUUAGUUUUAAAGAGCACUUUCCCUUUUUGUCUCUCCCUCCCUUUAGUAUGAAACACUGUUUGCAAUCAAAGCUUUCUCAUUAAUGUUGUUUCUUUACAAAAGAAGAAUAAAUUGUACAUAGAAAUUUAUUAUAUAUAUGAAUAAAAAUAUAUAUGUUCAAA